AUUGGUGCCUGCACAGCGCCAAACCUCUUUCCUCACCAAACUGUUCUGGCAAGUUGCAGUGACACUGCUGUUGGGAGGAUGCCAUUGCAGUGUUGUGCCAGCCAGCCCCACCUGCAUUGAUGUGCCGUCCCUUUUAAUUAUCCCUCAUAAACUCCUCAGGGAGGCAAGAGGCACAAUGAUUUUGUGUGGGAGGGCAGGUGAACUCCUAUGCACACCUUCCCUUGGGAGAAGUUGGGCAAAUUCACACCCACCAACUUGUACCCACACCCUGUGUGAGGAACAACAGUGUCUUCCAGAAAACCAGGGUAGCUGCAAUGUUUUACUAGAUUACUAAACUAUUUGUUUUCUUCUCAACUGAUAACUAUGUGGGUUGGCCUAGGGUGUUCUUUUCCUCGUGGCAUAGAUUGUUCUCUUAUAGAAGCCACCAGCAUUGACUAAGGCAAAGUCCUUGUCUAUGUGCCCCUGAGUUGAAGGGAUAUGGCGUUUGGUGAAACUCAGUGGGUGCUGAUAUUAUAUACAACCAUUUUCAUUCAUUUCUUGCUGUUUGCAUGGGGAGCUUAUUAUCGUCUUACCAGGCUCCACCUCCCUCGAGGAAUGAACGGUCGUGCAAUAUUACUACUUGGCGAUUUCUCUGUGGGAUAUUUCAUUAUACUGGCCACAUUUCUGGAAAAACUGGGCAUCUGCCACAGAUAUUCCAUUAUAAGGUCCGUCGGCAGGUUAACACCAUUAAGGAAGGACCCAAACUUGAUAAUAAAAGACCUGGUUUUCGAUGGAGUGCCAGUGAGGGUGUACUGGCCCAGAACACUUGCUGGGAACAGGAAAGGAAUCAUCUUCUUUCAUCCAGGUGCUGGACUAUUUGGAAGCAUUCAAGCCUCUGAAGGGGCCUGCUGUUCUUUUGCCAGCCAAACUGAUUCAGUGGUUAUAAGUGUUGAGUUUCGUUUAGCUCCUGAGCAUCCCUAUCCAGUCCCUGUACAGGACUGUUUAACUGCUGCAAUAUAUUUUCUGAAGAAUGCGAAGGAAUACGGAGUGGACCCCAGCCGCAUUGCCAUUGUUGGGGAGAGUAGCGGAGGCACUUUUGCUGCAGCCAUUUGUCAAGAACUGGUGACCAGAGAGGACCUCCCAAGAGUGCGAGCUCAGGUCCUCAUUUACCCAUUCCUCCAAGGAAUGGACUUCAAUUUGCCAUCCUAUCAGCAAAACCAGUCGAUUCCUCCCUUGUUCCAGAAAAGAGCUGUCAAACUUGGUUUGACAUAUCUCACUGGGAAGACAAUCAAUGUAGAUGGAAUUCUGAAAGGCGCCCAUGUCCCUCCUGAUUUGAGAGAGAAAUACCAAAAAUGGAUAAGUGCUGAUAACAUUCCAGAAGAAUUUAAAGCUAGGGGCUAUGUUCCUGUAGUGCCUGCUCCAUUUUCAGAAGAACUUUAUGAACAAGUUAAAAGAGGUAAUGAGACAAUGUUUUGCCCCCUUCUAGCAGAGGAUGACAUAAUCUGCCAGCUCCCAGAGACUUUCAUUCUAACCUGUGAAUAUGAUGUUCUCCGGGAUGACGGGCUGUUGUACAAAAAGCGUUUAGAGGACAACGGUGUACCAGUGACAUAUCAUCAUCUUCCAGAUGGAUUCCAUGGAAUAUUGGGCGCUGCUGGUUGCGGGCCACUUGAAUUUCCAAGCACAAAGAAAUGUAUGCAGCAUGUAGUAGAGUUCUUAAAAGGUUUAUAGAAAUGAAUGACCUUCUUUUUCUUCCAAUGGCAGUCUUCCACUUCUGUGGAGGGAAAUAUUUUUCCUCAUUGUGGCAAUCCCAAAGUAAAAAGAAAAACUCAGUUCCAAAGUUUUACUCAGUCUAAUUUGUUAGAAUCACCAUGGACUCUGUAAGCAAAGCUCUAUUGGAUCAGCCAUUGCCCCACUUUGUCCUUAAUCCUACUCUCACAGAGACCAAGCAGAUGCCUCUUGAGAUGCCCACAAACAGAA